GACCUCGCAACUCUCGAAGCAUCACUAAUCUGUGGAUGACAUUCAGGCAUAGACCACUACUGGAUUUAUUUCCAGAAAUUAUUUCCGCUAUUGAACCGAAAACGUAAAAACAGCAAGGACAUUAUCAGGCUAGAAUAAGACAAUAGACAAAACGUAUUCGGGUAUGACGGUUAAAAUGCCGGUUGGCAUUGUAUCACUGCACUGGCGUUGCAAUGUAUUGCAGCUAUGCAGACCUUAAUACUGCAUUUGCCCACAGAUUCCAUCCACCAGUACUGCCUGACAUGAUCCACGAGCGGGUCCGAGUAGUCUAUUGCAGUCAUUUUUGCUUAAACGGUUUGUAGGGGACAAAACAUGUGGGAAUCUAAUGUUGACAACUAAGCUGUUUUGGGAGAUAUUUUAUAUCGGCCAAAUAUUAUCGACGAUAUACAACUUGGUCCCAUUGUCAUUCAAUGUCCAAUAGUGCUAUUCAAAAGCUUCCCUAUGGAUGAGCCUGGAAAUGACUUCAAUGGAUCUUUUUGGAAGUGCGAGGCAGGGAUGUAAUGGAUUGGUCCCAUGGCCUGCUAGCUCCCUCUUCUCUGUAUGUCCAGCUGUGGCAAGCCUCCCCCACUCUCCGGAGAAGGGGCAGGCUCUAACUCUCUGGCAUGGGUCAAGCUCUUCAAAAAGCCCGGAGCUGUUGGUGGUGGUGGGGGUGUGGGGAAGUCCUAUCAGCCUGGGAGCAUGUUGUCUCUGGCUCUAACCAAAGGCCUGCUGAACGAACCAGGCCAGAAUAGCUGCUUCCUCAACAGUGCCGUACAGGUGCUAUGGCAGUUGGACAUUUUCAGGAGGAGUUUGAGACAGCUUCCUGGUCAUUUUUGUCUUGGGGAUGCCUGCAUUUUCUGCGCUUUAAAGAGUAUUUUCAGCCAGUUCCAGCAGAGCCGAGAGCGAGCGUUGCCUUCGGAUAGCCUGCGCCACGCCCUCGCCGAAACCUUUAAGGACGAGCAGCGCUUCCAACUUGGCCACAUGGACGACGCUGCAGAGUGCUUUGAGAACAUUCUGGAGAGGAUUCACCUGCACAUAGUUUCUGACACGGCGACUGAGGCCUGCACAUCCAAGUCCUGCAUUACCCACCAGAAGUUUGCCAUGACACUUUAUGAACAGUUUGUAUGUCGUAGUUGUGGCGCCUCCUCGGACCCCCUUCCUUUCACAGAGUUAGUGCAUUAUGUCUCCACCACAGCCCUAUGCCAACAGGUGGACCGCUUCUUGGGGCAGAACGACAGGCUUCGGUCGGACAUGUUCGGGGAAUUGCUGCAGGCGGCAAACACCUUCGGUGACCUACGGAACUGUCCGAGCAACUGUGGCCAGAGCAUCAAGAUCUGUCGGGUUCUCAUGAACCGCCCAGAGAUCGUCACCAUUGGCUUUGUGUGGGACGCAGAGCAGUCUGACCUUACAGAGGAUGUGGUGAGGUCACUGGGUCCACAUCUCAACCUCUCGGGGCUGUUCAACCGGGUCACUGAUGAGAACGCCAAAAGGAGUGAGUUACAUCUCGUGGGAAUGAUUUGUUUCUCCAGCAAACAUUACUCUGCGUUCGCUUAUCACACCAAGUCCUCAAAAUGGGUCUUCUUUGAUGACGCCACCGUGAAAGAAAUCGGAUCCAAGUGGAAAGACGUGGCCUCUAAAUGCAUCCGGGGACAUUUCCAGCCACUGCUCCUGUUCUACACUAACCUGGAGGGGACCCCAGUCUCCAGCGAGGACGCACCCAGACAAACGAUUAUGUGUCCCCGCUUCAAGCCCCACAUCAACGGGGAAGUGCCAGCAGGGAUGAAGAAGUUGGAUGCCGUCUGGGAGAAUGCAGGCCCAUUCCGCUCCAACCAGGGGCCCUAUAAGCAGAUGCUACUUCCACCCUCCACCUCAGGCUACAAAAGAGUGAAAGGCCCACCUUGUUGUCCCAACAAAUACCGGGUUCCUUCCAAGGAGACUUCCCAGAGGGUUGUAGAAGGGAUAAAGAAGGAGGCCGAAAGAGGGCGUCGAAAACCAGAUCCACACAAAGAUAUGGCCUAUGCCAGAUCCCCUUCUGAGGGCGGGCUGAGGCAGCACGCUGACCAGAGGUUGCGAGGAGGCAGUGGAGCACGGGCUGACAAGUUGUCAUCCUCCCACCAGAGCAGAGCUUUCCAGGACCCAUGCUCUCAAUCCGGUGCCCUUGGCGGUCACAGUUCGAGACAGGAAACCUCCCCUGGUCGCCAAGAACAGGACGGCAGCCAGGACGCGUGGGAUAAGGGCAGCAGGUCGGGAGUGGGCCGUAACAAAGCCAAGCCCUCCUGGAGGCCCAUCCGGGAAGUUCUGAAUGUGGACAGCGUCUUGAAUGACCUUGAACGGCGACAACAACAGCAGCACUAUGGCGGCGGUGGUAGCCCCCGGCUCGCUAAACCCUCCUGUCAGGAGAUCCCGCACGGCAGCGAACAGGACAACCGGGACUGGAAAAAAGAGCGGGAAAGGGAUAAAGAGCGGGAACGGGACGGUCUCAGGAUGAGGGAAGAGUGCAAGCAGCAGAAGUACUUGAUGACGAUUUACGAGGACGAGCAGCGGCAAGAGACGGAGAGCCACAGCUCCCUCGAAUCGGAGGGCAGGGCAAGUGGGCACGGCGACCGGGGCGGUGGAGGGGGUGGAAGCAGCGGGAGUAGGGCCAAGGGCGGGCCCAAAGCCCUGUCGCGCAGCGACACCUGGACCAUCCAGAGGACUGAGUCGGGAUACGAGAGCAGCGACCGGCUGAGCAGCGGCUCCACCAACCCUGACUCGCCCGGGGUGGACAGCUUUGCCGGGAAGGAGCAGCGGUUGACACCAGAGGUGCAGUCUCAGAGCAGGGGUCAGCUUCACCCAAACAGGUGCGAUUCAAAACCUGAUGCGGUACACUCCCCUUUGCAUCAAGGCAAACAUCAACUGACAACUCAGGGAAAGAACUGUGACCAUCAAGUUUCACAUCUCCUGAAAAGUAGUCCAAGUUCAAGACGAAAAUGUAGAUACAGCCCCGGUAGUUCUAAGAAAGGUGCUGGUCCAGAGAGGGACGCUUGCUCCUCAGACAACAGGAGCAGUCACAUGAUGGAUUCGCCAGAGAUGAGUAACAACAACAGAUGUGUUCACCAUGGCGAUAGCCCCGCCCUGCGGCACUUGGGUAAACCCAGCAGCUCGGAGUGGAACAGCUCCGACAACCUGGCUGGGAAUCUCUCGGAACCAGAGGACAGUGUCUACCGCUCCAGCAACAGCAAGCCCCUUCUGUCUGAGUCGCCCUGUCCCCCCCACCACCUGGCCUUCCACCAACCCCCUCAUAUUGAACUGGAAGAGCCCUCAUCUCAACAUCAGCCCGCCACACCACCACUGCCUCACCCCAAAGCCGCCCAGCGAGCUUCCCCUCACCAGGGGGAUGUUGGCCGCCACUGCUUCCGUCCCAGGCUACUCCAGGAGCCCUCCCAGACCAGCCCCCGGCCCAGCAUCCGGCCCACCCCGGCCUCACAUACCACCAGCCCUAACCGGAGGUCGGAAUCCAAUGGCCCUCUGCAGAGGCCCUCAUCGGGUGCCAGCUCCAAGUCGGGCUCGGACCCAGAGAGGAGUAACCCGUCGUCGGGCGAAAGCGAGGAGAGGCUGCCCAUCUGCAGGCCACCUGGAGCCGAGUCAGCGGCAGCCCAAGGGGUUUCCCUCACCACAUACUUCAGCGUGGACAAUUGCAUGACGGACACAUACAGACUUAAGUACCAUCACCAGCGACCCCUCCUACUCUCGGCUAUCGUGCCCCGAGCACCGACAGAGCCCCGAGAACACCCCAGCCACCACCUGCACCCCGCAAACACACACUCCAUGCUAGACCCACCCAAAACCCGGCCUGAUGCAGGCCAUAACAGCAAUAAGCCCACUGCAAAAUGGAACCCAGUGACAGCCAAAGGACUGGACGAGCGUGGCUAUUUGUGAUGGUAUUACCUGGUCUGAUGUCCAUGGAAAAUAAUCUGUUGAACUGGAUGCCAAAGAGUAUGCUGACUGGAAAAGUGUUGCUCCUAGAACUUCAAUUGAAAUCGGUGUCAAAUGCCAAAUCACUGAUGCACUGUGGGUUAUAGAAGUACUUAUAUGUAUUUUGAAGUAAGAUACAGUUUGAUAGUCCACUGUCAGAGAGUUUUUUAAAUGUAUGUUGAUAGAUGAGUUGGAAGUUGGAAAGGGCAGUCCAAGGCAUAAUACAGUAAAAUAUAAUGAUAACCUGUUGAAUAUUCACUUGCUACAGUGUGACAUUGACCUCUGGGAUCAAGAGGUGUACCUUUUGGUUUAAGGUAAUGUGCGUCCCUGAUUGUGUGGCCAACACAAAUUCUAUUUCCGAAUAUGAGCACCAAAUUCAAUCUCAGAAUACAAACACUAACAUUGUGUUUGCAUACUUGUUAUCCUGCUGAAUAGACAACUGUUACAAUGUUAGCCAACCUGCAUGAGGACUUAUAAAGAGGUAACAAUAGUGAUGUGUACAGUAUGAGCAUGCGCAUGGCAUACUUUACAUUUGUAUCCAACCGACAUCCAAAUUCCAAUUGGUUUAUGUUAUUGGGUCUACUUAAAUUAUAUCUUCACUUUUUUUGGGACCUGCCUCAAUUUUUCCACAUACAGUACCAUGCAAGUACUUUAUAGGCCAGGAGAGACAUCAGAUUUAUUUCAACCACUGCUAACUUGACCAACUUUAGCCACUGCUAACUAAAAAGUAAAAGGAAUGAUAGGGGAAAGCUCACUAUGUUCAGAAUCUAUGGCAAAAUCACCUCUAAGUAACUUCAAUCAAUCAAAUAUAUUUAUAAAGCCCUUUUUACAUCAGCAGAUGUCACAAAGUGUGUAUACAGAAACCUUGCCUAAAACCCCCAAAACAAGCAAUGCUGAUGUAAAAGCAUGAACCUAGGAAGAAACAUAGAGAGGAACCAGGCUUUGAGGGGUGGCCAGUGUUCUUCUGACUGUGCCGGGUGGAGAUUAUAAGAAUACAUGGCCGUUAAGGCCAGAUCGUUCUUCAAGAUGUUAAAACGUUCAUAGAUUACCAGCAGGGUCCAAAAUUAAUCAUAGUGGUUAUAGAGAAUGCAACAGGUCAGCACCUCAGGAGUAAAUGUCAGUUGGCUUUUCAUGCUCGAGCAUUCACAGGUUGAGACAGGUCGAGAGGGUUGAAAGAGCAGGUCCGGCAUAAGGUAACCGGUUCGGUAAAAAGGUCAGGGUUCCAGACAGAACAGCAGAAACUGGAUCAGCAGCACAACCAGGUGGACUGGGGACGGGGACAGCCAGGAGUCGCCAGGCCAGUUAGUUCUGAGGCAUGGUCCUAGAGCUCAGGUUCUCCGGGAGGGGAGAAAGCGAGAGAGAGAUUGGAGAAUUAGAGGGAGCAUACUUAAGAUCACACAGGACACCAGAUAAGACAGGAGAAUUACACCAGAUAGGACAGACUGACCCUAGCCCCCCGGCACAUAGACUAUUGCAGCAUAGAUAGUGGAGACUGAGACGGGGGGGGUCGGGGGACACUGUGGCCCUGUCCGACGAUACCCCCGGACAGGGCCAACAAGGCAGGAUAUAACCCCACCCACUUUGCCAAAGCCCCCACACCACUAGAGGGAUAUAAACAGACCACCGACUUACUACCCUGAGAAAAGGCGGAGUAUAGCCCAAAAAUAUCUCCCCCACCGCACGAGCCCAAGGGGUGCAAAAACGGACAGGAAGAUGACAUCGAGUAUAGUGAAAAAAAGCUAGACCCCUCCUAGGGGCGGCAUGGGAAGUCAGUGACUUAACCCCAGUAAUCGGGUCAGAGAGAAUACCAGUGGAGAGAGGGAACCAGCCAGGCAAAGACAGCAAGGGUGGUUUGUCACUCCCAGUGCCUUGCCGUUCACAAUCGCACCACUGAUUUGAAGGUAUUUGAGUUGAUUUUGUCGUGCAAUGUUGAACAUGGUGAGCUUGCCCCUAUCACUCCCAUUGUUAGUAGUGGCUAUUUAAACAAAUCAAAGCUGUGGAUGACAGUUUCUUUGGCUCCGUAGACUACUUUCAGAGUAAGUGGAAAAAAUAGAGGUAAGUCUGAAAACAGUGAAAAUAUCCUUUAAGUUGUCAUUAUUAUUAUUUUGUAUUUAGUGAAGAUAACGGUAGGGAUUCAAUAUGAUCACGGGUUAUAGCUAUUGUAGCUUUUAAAGGCAAUGUUCCCACAUUCACGGAGAUCCUAUUCAUUGUAAGUGCUGUUAAUGUUGUCUCAAUCGGAAAAAUAGCAUAGUGCCCCAAGGUGUGGAAUACUAAUGUAUGCAAGCAUGAUAGUGUCAAUAUGUUUUCGUCAAUGCCUAUAACCUGCGAUCAGAUUGAAUCCGAGCCAAGGUUCUGGGACACUAUGCGAGCAUGAUUGUGUCAAUAUGUUUUUGUCAAUGACACCCAUAGUAUCGCAAUUUAAGGUGCAAUUUAUUACAAUUUUGAUAAAGAUGAUAGCAAGUUGUCCUCUAGAUGUUUUUGAAUGAAGCCAAACAAAUAUUAUUCACAUUAGAAUUCAUUUUAUACCGUUUUCAUUGUAUAAGUUGGGUCAUUUCCUGUCAAAAACCAGGAACCACUUAUUUUCAUGUUUUUUUUUACAUACAUCAUUUUGACAUUUCACAUUGUGAAUGGAAAAUAGGAAUACAUUGUUUUUAUUUAAGUAGUCUUAAGUCAGUUAAGAACAAAUUCUUAUUUCCAAUGACAGUCUACCGGAGAACAGUGGGUUAACUGCCUUGUUCAGGGGCAGAACGACAGAUUUGUACCUUGUCAGCUCGGGGACUCAAUCCAGCAACCUUUUGUUUACUGGCCCAACGCUCUAACCACUAGGCUACCCGCCUAAGUAUUAAGUAAAUAACCCAAUGGGAAAUGGCUUCAGUUUUGGUGAUAAAAGAACCAUUCAGAUCAUUUAGUGCAAUGCUAAUGUAUAAAACUUUAAAGGCCCAGUGUAGUCAAAGUCUAGAUUUUUCCCGUGUUCUAUAUAUAUAUUUCCAAACUAUGAGGUUGGAAUAAUACUGUGAAAUUGGGAUAAUAAGAGCUGUUUUGAGCUGUUUGAAAUUUCUCAAAUUUCAGCCUGUUUUGGUGAGAGGGAGUUUUGGCCAUGCGGUAAAUUAGUUUUUAGACCAAUAAGAAAGAUAAUUCCAAACCUCUGCCAUUAAUAGCAAAAACAUAAUUUUGUAGUUUUUUGUAGUUUUCCCCUCCCCACUCAAACACUUCCAGACAGUCCUAGCAAAAUUCUUGCUUGAGAAAUUGCUAUUUCCUAAUAAGCUAUUUUUGUUUAUUUUUGACCAUUUUAAUUGAAAACAAUCACAGAAACAAUUUGAUAUUGAGUGACUGCAUUGAACCUUUAACACUUCAUAGUUUAACACUUUAUGGGUGACAUUUUCUUCCCACAGAGUAACACUUUGCUUAUUUUAUAUAGGUGGGAUGGUACUUUAUCCAUGGGGAUUUCUGAACACAUUUAUGUUGCAAUUCUGCAGCAUUUGGACAUUGCCUUGGAUCGCGUGCCAUUACAUAUUGAAAAUGUUAUAGGUAGUUUGCUCAUGCAAAGUGCUUCUUUGUGAGAGGAAAAUGUCACAUUCCAGAUAUCUCAACUCCAUUGCCUGUUAUAAAAAAAUUGCAACAGAGCUACAUCGUGGUUUUAUGGUAUUUAAGUCAUCAAUGGACAAAACCACAUUGCGGCUAACUGGGGAUACGUACAGUGCCUUGCAAAAGCAUUCAUCCCCCUUGGCGUUUUUCCUAUUUUGUUGCAUAACAACCUAAAAUGUAAAUAGAUUUUUAUUUGUAUUUCAUGUAAUGGACAUAGACAAAAUAGUUCAAAUUGGUGAAGUGAAAUGAAAUA